AUUGCUCACUAUGGCGCCUCUGAGUGGUGAGCAUAACAAGAGUGAGGAUAAGCAAGGCAUCAUGUUCCGUCGUCCGCGGCUUAUCCCUUUCCUGAAUUCUCAUGAGGCCUAAUUUUCUCGAAAGCAGCAUGUCCCCAUGAACAUGAUGCUUCCUCGUGGAAUACGCCAUGAAGAAAGACCCAGAGCUUGAUCAUUAUCAUCAUCAUCUGCAGCAGCAGCGAGACUUGGAAAUCCUCAAAGCCGUCGCUCAGGCUUGGUACAGCCAUUCCGGCAAUUCUAGGCCCAUCAGUGAAUUCGACGCACGUCGUCGAAAUUUCGAAGGCAAGCCUUCCAGAUUUCACCCUCAAGCAUUGACGACUAGAUCUUCGACUAUGGAGGAACUCAGCGUUGCUCCCGCCUGGGAUUUCAAUCAAUCACUUUGGGACUCUUACGAGCUCGUCACUGUCUCCCGAAGGUUAGAGACAGCUUUAGGUUUAGAUACUGAUGACCCCUUUUCGGCUUCGAGUUUGAGUCGAUUCCAUAGGAGGCGUAGGCAGGAGAGUAAGAAUAGCCUUAGGAAUCUGUUCAAUCAAAUGUCUUCUCGGAGAUUUAAGGACAAGGAAGUUCCGCGCGAAAAUAACACUUGAAGUUUGAUAUCUGAAAAUUCUUUUCCUUCUCUAGUUUGGACAUUUCAUAGAAGGAAACCGUGCUUUUUGUUAAUUAUUCUGGAAAAACCAGUGAAGAAUUAUAAAAAUCUCUGGUCAAUUUUUCA